UUCUCUCUCUUAAAGACUUAACCAAUCGGUCUUUCUCUCUAUCUAUCCAUCCAUCUCUGCUUUUCCCUUUCAGCUGGAGGAGAUCUUGAGAGGAAAGAUAUAUAGCCCAGUGUCUUCUCUGUAGAGAGCAAAAGGGAAAGGAGCUCGCAGCAGGUACUUAAGCACUGACAUGAGUGAUCUCAUGGUCCUGAGAUACCCUCCUCCUCCUCCUUCUUCCUCUUCUUGUUCCUCUUUCCUCUCUCCUCCCGCCUCUCUCUAGGAUCUUCGCCUCUCAUGCUCUUUUAGAGAGGGAGAGGGAGGGGAGAGAGAUUUGUUAUAUGCAAAGCUAUAGGCACGUGUGCAUGCAGGCAGAGCUGCAUCGAUUCUUGAGGUCAAAGCCACAGCAAGCUCCACGGAAGGAGAUAUAUAAUUGAAGAGAGAGAUAAAGGGAUUUAUCUCAAGGAGAACUUCAGUUAGUGUACAAGUGCACAUAUAUACGUACAUAGCCAAGAGAUAUUGCCGUCGAUCGGUCUACAUAGGUGCCGGCGAUCACGAUGGCAGCGUACUACCACGGCGGCACCGGCACGGACAUCCACCAGGCCGGCAGCGACGGCCUGCAAACACUGUACCUCAUGAACCCGAGCUACGGCACCGGUGGCUACGGGGACGCCGCGCCCUCCGGGGCCAACAUGAUGCUCCUCAACUCGUCGGUGAGCUCCAUGACCCCUGCCUCCUUCGGCGGCCACCAGGCGUCGCCGCCGCCGCCGCCAGGGCAGCACUUCGUCGGCAUCCCUCUUCAAGCGCCCCCCUCGGGCUACAACCUGUGGACCCCGACCACAACCGGCAUCGCCGACGUCAUGUCGCCGCCGACGCAGCAGGCGCAUGGCGUGAGCGCCGUGCUCAGCCUGUCGUCCCGCGAGACGCCGCCGGUCACGGUGGCCUCCAUCGCCGGCGACGAAGGGAGGUACCAGCUUGGGGCGACGACCGCGGCGUCGCAGGGGCAGGUGGUGAUGAACUCCAAGUACCUCAGGGCGGCGCAGGAGCUGCUCGACGAGGUGGUGAGCGUGAGCAAGGGCGUGGACGACGUGGACGCCAAGGCGAAGAGCUCCGCCUUGGUCAAGAAGAAGGAGGAUUCGGAAGGCCUUUCCGGCGGCGGUGGGGAGGACGGCGCCAGCGGGGCCAAGGAAGGCGCGCCCGCGCCCGAGAUGUCGACGGCGGAGCGGCAGGAGCUGCAGAUGAAGAAAGGCAAGCUGGUUAACAUGCUUGACGAGGUGGAGCAGCGUUACCGGCAGUACCACCAGCAGAUGGCGUCGGUGUCGUCGUCGUUCGAGGCGGUGGCCGGCGCCGGGUCGGCGCGGACGUACACGGCGCUGGCGCUGCGCACCAUCUCGCGGCAGUUCCGCUGCCUCCGCGACGCCAUCGCGUCGCAGGUGCGCGCCGCCAGCCGCGCCCUGGGUGAGGACUGCGACGCCGACGGGCUCGGCGGCGGUCUCGGCGGCGGGCGCGGGGUCGGGUCCCGGCUCCGGUACAUCGACCACCAGCUCCGGCAGCAGCGCGCGCUGCAGCAGCUGGGCAUGAUGCAGAGCAGCGCGUGGCGCCCUCAGCGAGGACUCCCCGAGCGCUCCGUCUCCAUCCUUCGUGCAUGGCUCUUCGAGCACUUCCUCCACCCAUACCCAAAGGAUUCGGACAAGAUCAUGCUCGCCAAGCAGACCGGCCUCACCAGGAGCCAGGUGUCGAACUGGUUCAUCAACGCGAGGGUGAGGCUGUGGAAGCCGAUGGUGGAGGAGAUGUACCUGGAGGAGACCAAGGAGCAUCAGCAGCAGCAGGACGGCGGCGACGACAAGGACAGGCCGUCCGGGUCCGGCCCCGCCGGAGGAAAGAGCAGCAGCCACGCGGACGGCGUGGACGACGGCACUCCGAGGUCCAUGUCCAUGUCCAGAGCGGUGGCGGGAGCCGGGACGUCGGAGGGCGGUGGCGCCGUCCAGGCUUCCAUGCUCGGGCUCGCCGGAGACCACCAGGCUCACGCGGGUUUCUACCACGACGAGGAUGAGGAUGGCGGGUUGCGGCGCGGGUUCAAGAAGGCAAGGGCGGACGACCUCGAGCACCAACCGCCGGCGGCGUUCGACUUCGGCGCGUUGCACCACGCGCAGGCAGCCGCGGCGGCGGCGGCCGCAGCCGCAAGGCAGCAGCACGACGAGGUGAGCCACCGGGAGCUGCUCAUGAAGUUCAUGGAGAGCGGCGGCACGGCGGGCGCUAGGGACCACCACCAGCACCAACAAGACGACGACGGGGCCGGCGGCGGCUACUCUCUGUUCGCGCCGGGGCCGUACGGGCAGUUCGGCACCGACCAGUCGUUCGCGUUCGCCGGGCAGCACGGCGGCGUCUCGCUCACGCUCGGCCUACCCCACGGUACCGGCGAUCAGACGGCGUUCCUAAUGGGCGGCGGCAGCAGCAACGGCGCCGACAGCGGAGGCAGCGGCGCCGCCGGCUACGACAUGAACAUGCAGACCACCAAGUCUUUCGCGGCUCAGCUCAUGCGUGACUUCGUGGCCUAGUCUGAAAUACCAAUAUUACAUAGCGCAACCCAUUAAACGAAUCACAAAAAAAUCGAUUAAUCAAUCAAUUUAGGGUUUGUAUAGAAAUAAAAGGUUAAAAGCCUAGGCAUGGUUAGGCUGCCAUUAAUCCUAAACCUCUAGGGCAUUGGGGGUGUAAUUAUGUAAAGACGGGACAUUGUGUAUAGUCACUAUAUAGGUUAGCUAAGGUAGUUAAAACCCAAACAUUUCCAGUUACAAGAUUUUAUAGGGCCAUAGGGGGGGGGGGGGGUAUACUAUACGUGAAGGGGUAUAUAUGUAAAACAUCGGAAUUGGGAUCUUGCAAGUUUAUGCGGUAUAGUUGGUUUAUUGGAGAUUUGAGUAUUGUUUUUGGAUACUGUAAUGUAAUACACUAGUUAUUAUCUUUUCUUCA